GAAUGCGUUUGCAUUUACUUUUCAAAGAAAGAGCAUUUACUGCGUACUUGGGUUUUACUUGUACUUCCGGUGUAAAGGUUCACACCAAAAUGGCGCCGUCCAAGAAGAAACAUGCCAGCAACCAGCCUUGUGUUAUUCCUGGAGGAUUUACAGUGCUGUCUUUACGGUUUAGGUCCGACAGCGUUGCACAGCACAAGCUGUACGUGAAGGAGCACAAAGUACGAGCAGAGAAGAGUUCACACAGACCGAUGGACCGGACUUUAUUUGUGCUCAACAUCCCCCCGUACUGCACAGAGGCUGUUGUCAACGAGCUGUUCUCGCAGUUUGGCUGUGUUCAGUCCGUGGAGCUGAGGGACCACCCGGGCUCCUCUCAGGAGUCUGGGCCCAAGAUGUCCAAGUUCUUUAGGCCAGCUAAAAAACAGGGUUUCAAAGUAGGCUACAUUGUGUUCCAAAACUCCUCCAGUUUAGCAGAAGCUAAAUCCCACCCACAUGAUGCGCCUUUGGUGGUCUGCACAGAGCAGCAUCCAGUGAGGACAGGAGCCCAGAAAUGGAUUCAGCAGUACACGGAGUCUUUUAUUCAUCCGGACAAACUGCAACAAAUAGUCGACUCCUUUAUGGAAGGCUACGACAAGCGGAAAGAGGAGGAAGCGGACAGGCAGAAGAAGGAGGCCGAGCAGCUACAAGAGGAUGAAGAAGGCUGGGUGAAAGUCACAAGAGGAUCUAAGGGCACCAAGGCCCGCCCCCACAGUGAGGCAGCCAACAAGAGGACUCUCCAGAAAGAGAUAAGGAAGAAGAAGAGGAAGGAGCUCAUGAACUUCUACACCUGGCAACACAGAAACACACAGAAAGAACAUAUUGCUGAACUAAGGAAAAAGUUUGAGGAGGAUAAACAGAGAAUAGCUAUUCUGAGGACACAGAGAAAGUUCAAACCUUACUGAGUCAUCUACCCCCAUUUUCCAUUCCUCAUUUCACUGCUCUGGUGUGUUUUAACUACAUUAUGACUCGCAGCAUUUGUGUCAAUAAACUGUUAUUCUGA